GUUUGAGGAAAAGGCAGCCGGCAUGAGGUGGUCGUGGAACUUUUGGGGGCUGCUCGUGGCCGGGGUGGCGACGGCUGUCCCGGGCUCCUUCCCUCGCCUCCGCUCGGCGUCCCUCCCGGAUCCCGUCCCCGGUUCCCUCAGCCGCUCUUAUCGCACCUGCUAUUUCGACCAGAAGAUUGACCACUUUGGCUUUGCUGAAGAUAGCACGUUCAAGCAGCGCUUCCUCAUAGCUGACCAGCACUGGAGGCAAGAUGAUGGGACAGUACUUUUCUAUACUGGCAAUGAAGGUGAUAUCACCUGGUUUGCUAACAAUACGGGUCUUAUGUGGAACAUAGCUGAAGAGCUUGGUGCUAUCUUGAUAUUCGCUGAGCACAGGUACUAUGGGGAGUCUCUCCCGUUUGGAAACAAGUCAUUUGAUGAUGCCAGGUAUUUGAAUUACCUGACGUCGGAGCAAGCUCUGGCGGACUUUGCAGUCCUCGUCCAGCAUCUGAAGAAGACUAUGCCGGGAGCCCAGGACACCCCAGUUGUCGCGAUAGGGGGGUCGUACGGAGGGAUGCUUGCUGCUUGGUUUCGAAUGAAAUACCCCCACGUAGUAGCUGGAGCUCUCGCAGCAUCAGCUCCCAUCUGGCAAUUUGAAGACUUGGUUCCUUGCAGCACCUUUUACAACAUAGUGACUCAGGACUUCCAAAAGAGCGGCGACUGCUGCGCGGAGAGCAUCCGGAAUUCCUGGGCUGCCAUUAACCGCCUGGCUUCUACAGCGGAAGGCAUGCGGUGGCUUUCUUGCGCGUUCCGGCUGUGCAGUCCGUUGAAAACCAAGCAGAACGUGUCUGCCUUCAAAGCCUGGCUGACCGAGACGUGGGUGAACUUGGCGAUGGUGGAUUACCCGUACAAGGCCAAUUUCUUGCAGCCUCUUCCUGCCUGGCCGAUUCAGGUGGUCUGCAAAUACUUGCAGGUGCCCAAGGAUUCCGACAAAGCCCUUUUGAAAAACAUCUUCCAGGCCGUCAACGUCUACUACAACUACACUGGCGAUGCGUCGUGCUUCAACUUGUCGCAGACUGCUACGCAGAACCUUGGGAUGCUGGGCUGGUAUUACCAGGCGUGCACAGAAAUGGUGAUGCCCAUGUGCUCAGACGGCGUCAACGACAUGUUCGAGCCUCAGAAGUGGGACUUCCAUGCCUAUUCGGACGACUGCUACAAGGUUUGGGGCGUGAGGCCUCGUCCUUCUUGGAUCCCCACUUCCUAUGGGGGGAAAAACAUCAGCUCACACAGCAACAUCCUCUUUAGCAACGGCGGGCUCGACCCCUGGUCUGGGGGCGGAGUGACCCAGAACAUCACGGACACCCUGGUGGCCAUCAUGAUCCCGGAAGGUGCCCACCAUCUGGACUUGCGUUCCAACAGCCCUUACGACCCCUACUCUGUGCUGCAGGCCCGGAUGCAGGAGGUCCAUUUCAUAAAGCUGUGGGUGAAGAAGAUCCAGGAGAACAAGUGCAGGAAAUAAUCCCGCAGCGUUGCCUUUGGUGGGUGGGACUUCCCCUCGACGACAUACGGGAACUUUUAACUGAGCGUGGCCCAUUGGACCGUCCAGGCUGAUGAGGCGGCUAUCAGAAAGAUCGAGGGAGGACUGUGAAUCUGAAUUGACACAAAUGCCACUCUAGGAUUGGUGGUCACUUUUAAUGGAGAGUCCCAGUCCGUUACUCUUCCAUUUUGCCUUUUUUGUGGGCUGCCAAAUAACCCAAUCGUUAUUUAGGAGACACCCCACCCCCCAAAUCCUCCUAAGGAAAACACUGCUACUAAAGCUGCAUCUGUUCCUAGCUCUGUAGAAAUACAAGCACAAACACACGUGACAUUUCCUCCAUUUCGGGACACUUUUGUGGGGUGGGGUGGAGGAGAAGCCAUUACAGAGAGCCAGUUUGGUGUGGUGGUGAAGUGUGUGGACUCUUAUCUGGGAGAACCGGAUUUGAUUCCCCACUCCUCCACUUGCACCUGCUGGAAUGGCCUUGGGUCAGCCAGAGCUCUUGUAGGAGUUGUCUUUGAAAGGGCAGCUGCUGUAAGAGCUCUCUCAGCCCCACCCACCUCACAGGGUGUCUGUUGUGGGGGAAGAAGAUAAAGAAAAUUGUAAGCUACUCUAAGAUUCAGAGUAUAGUUGUUGUUCAGUCGCACAGUCGAGUCCGACUCUUUGUGACCCCAUGGACAAAGUCAUUCCAGGCCCUCCUGUCUUCCACCAUCCUCCGAAGUCUGCUCAAGUUCGUGUUUGUUACAUCAGUAACACUGUCCAGCCAUCUCAUCUUCUGCCAUCCCCUUCUUCUUUUGCCUUCUGUCUUUCCCAGCAUCAGGAUCUUCUCGAGGGAGUGUUUCUUCCCAUUUGGUGGCCAAAGUAUUUGAGCUUCAGCUUCAGCAUCUGACCUUCCAGGGAACAGUCUGGGUUGAUUUCCCUUAGGACUGACUGAUUGGAUCUUCUUGCAAUCCAAGGGAUUCUCAAGAGUCUUCUCCAGCAACACAACUCGAAAGCAUUUUUCUGCUUUCUUCUGCACUCGGCCUUCCUUAUGGUCCAGCUCUCACAGCCAUACAUUACUACUGGGAAUACCAUCACUUUGACUAUAGGGCAGGCUAUAAAUCCAGUAUCAUCAUCAUCUUCUACAGUUCCUUUCCACCCCGACCCCACUGAUCACUCAUGUCCUUAGGAGCGAGAAGCCUGAUGUAACCUCACGUCAUACCAGCUCCUUGGUGCCUUUACUAAGAGGUGGGACAUAUUCGCAGGGGAUAAUUCUGUCCGCUGCCGAGAGGCAUGUCGCAUCACCGGAAACCUCCCAUGUUCCAAGACCGUUGUUCCUCAUCAGAUGCUGGCGGGUCGGCCCCUGUUAAAGGAUGCUGGUCUUUGUCUGAGCUGGUGGUUCUCUCCAGAUGCUAAGCCUUCAGGUUUCAGGCCAGCCCCGUUUCCCACCGUGGAGGUUAGAGGAACACACGCUGCUGAGAGCUGGCAAGGGGUAGAGGACGGCGUGUCAGACCAGGAUCCAGGGAGAUUUGGGUUCGAAUCCCCAUUUCUGCCAUGGAAGCUCAUUGAGGGGCUAGGCAUUGCCAAGCAAAGGAGGAGAGGACAGUGUUCUAAGCUGCUUGGAGUUCCAGCUUGGGGGGUGGGGGUAGGGAGUGGGCUAUAAAUAAUUGCAGUAUUUUUUUUACAGAACUCUGCAUUUAUUCAAGUUGUCGAUCGUGCCAGGUCUGUUGACAGGCUAAGCGGCAACCAGCCAAUGGGACAGGAAUAGAGAGGGAGAGACCCCACCCCCCCAAGUCUGAGAACAGCCUUUUUUGAACAUCAUAUGCAAAGCAAGCAAAAGCCAGCUCUGCUCCCAUUCAGCCUGAUUGGGUGUUAACUUCUCUGUUAGGUGGAUCUACAACAUUGGCCUGUGUCCCGUGGGACAGCAUCUUUGAAUGAUAGGAACACAGGUGAAGUAAAUGAUUUUUUGGAAGACUUGAAGGAGAGGGAAGAUCUAUUCUAUGCAUACAGCAGCAGUGUAAAGGAUUAGCUCAUUAGCCUGGACCAGGGGUGGCCAAACUUGCUUAAUGUAAGAGCCACAUAGAAUAAACAUCAGAUGUUUGAGAGCUGCAAGACAGGAAGGCAGGUGAAUAGAUGGGGAGGGGGAAGUGGGAAGAGAGCAACUUUAAUUUAAAAUGGUUUCUCCAAGCCGUCAGCAGGCUUGGCUUGGAGAAGUGAUUUAAAGAGAAACGCCUUCUCCAAGCCAGCCAACAGGGUGGUGGGGCUUCAGGAGCCACACAAUGUGUGUAAAAGAGCCACACGUCGCUCCCGAGCCAUAGUUUGACCACCCCUCGCCUGGACAUUAACCUGCCUCUGAAGGCCAGUGGUGCAUCCUGUGUUUCCCUUGGCUCACUUUUCAGUAUGUAGCAUCUUCACAAUAGUGGCCUAAAUUCUACCACUCUGUUAGGCAGAACUGGAAGACUUCCCCUUGAAGUGGCUUUUCCUCCGACAAAGGAGCCACUUAAGAAGGAGAAAGGAGUUGAAGUUGGUUGCAGCUUGGCGGUGCUUAAAUACUAAAGCAGGAUACCAUUAAGUCUGUUAGAAGUAACGCGGAGCUGGUGCAGACAAUCUCUUAUGGCCAAGGACUGGUGGGUUCUUUCGUUCCGUCUGGUUUGGAUUGCAUCACUUUGUCUGGAUUUCCAAAAGGUCUUCCACGUCAGCGUUGCACAGACCCUUUUUCUUCAUUCUGUGGCAAUCUACUUGACGCAAAUGGGGGUGACUCAAAAUCCAGAAGUGCUCCUUGAAGUUCGAGGCCGUUGGGGCAGAAAAUGUCGGCUGAAGGAUUGCCCGUCUCUGCCACGUGGACUGUUGAGCUGCUUGCGGCCACGGUUUACCUGCUUUGUGGAGGAAAAGCACGGAGGAAAAAAGAGACAGCCAAACGGUUCCUGGAGUGGCAUCAACAGAGCCUUCUUCCUAGAAAGAGGGCUGUAAAAUUAGAAUACGUGAAGACAGAAAGCAAUUUGUCGUCUAUCAGGUUGGUCAAGCCAAUGAGCAAAGCAACCCAGAGACACAAAGCAGUAUCUCUUAUUGAUAGAAGACUUCGCUGAUUGCUACGACUGAUUUCUUUGUGCACUUUCCUGUCUGAGAAGUACCCGGAUGGGUGCCUGGACCAAAUCCCUGCCUAAUCCCUUGGAUCUCUAGCUUGAAAAGCUCCUCUGGGUUCAAGUUCUGUUUUAAGUGCCUGGUUCAUACAUGAGCAGGGGCUGUUGCCUAAUAUCAUAACACAACUCACACGGUGUCUCCGUGUCACCCCCACGGACCACUUCGAUCCUUUUUGGCUGCGCCCUGCGCCUCUGAAGUCAGCAGUCCUAGACACUGAUAUCUGCCUUCCUGAAUUUCAUUCUAAAGCUUGUAGUUUGCCGUAGCACUUGUAGUAAACACUCAGGGCUGUUCAUUGACGUUUUGUUGGAUUUGUGUGCUCUUUUAACUUCCCCUUUGUCAAAUCUUGGUAUAAACAAAUGUCUGCAAAGGAGAACUUUCCAUGUGACAAGUGGAAGGAAGGUUGUUUUCUCUCUGGUUUGCAAUGCACUUUUUCUGUCAGGUUUCUUUUUAUUAAAGAGACAUUUACAAUCCA